AUGAGUACUCAUAAUUCUCAAGAAAUUAAAGCUCGUGAGUCUCUAUCUGAUACUGAUGUUUCUAACCGGGCUUGUCCCAAUCCUGAAAAAAAAGAUACUUCUUGUGAUUCAGGAUCACCUGCUGCUGAACCUUCGGUUGAAUCUUCAGUUUCUUCUCACCCGGAAACCGGAGAGCUUGGUUCACGUGGUUCUCAAACUACUGCUCCUGGUGAUGUACUUCCUGGUACGUCCUCUACCACAGUAAGAAAUGAUAGUGAAACGCGUGUUACUGAAGAUGUGAGUGUAGCGAAUCUACAUGGACAGCUUCGAACUCGUGGUCAGGAAAAGGCAGCAGGCGCUCAUAGAGAAGACCAAACAAGUGAGGCAUCGUUAUCUCCUGAGCAGCCGCCACAAGGUGGUACAGGUGGUCCUGGUUCUGAGGGGCAACAGAAACAGAUAGACAGAGUUACACAGGGCUCUCAAGAAGAAAACCGCAACAAAGAAACGAAUACUGCACGCACAGAAUUGUCGACAAAUGCUGACUCCACACAACACCCUACUGCAGAUGCACCUCCUGCUGACACAACCCCAUCUGAUCAACCCUCUGGUGAUUCAAAGACACCAAAUAACACGAGCACAGAGCCCAACAGUACCACUGAUAAUGUGACAACUUCAGAAGAGAGUGAAAGAACAAAUAACGAGACUGCGGUUGGUGUGAGUGAAUCAACAACCACCACUACCACCACCACCACCACAACAACACUUCCUCCUGAACUCACAAACAACAAGAAGGGUGAUGCAGACAGCAGCAGUAGUAUCAGCAGUUCUCUGUGGGUGCGUGUACCACUACUGAUUGUGGUUACACUGGCCUGUAUUCUUGUGUGCUGA